AUGGGUUUCUUUGGUGUUGGAGCGUCUGAGGUGCUAAGUUCUGACAGUCUGAGUGCUCAUCAACGAACCCUCGAUCCUCGGGCAGAUGGGCCAGUUCCUGGCUGCGCAGAGAGUCGCUAUGUGGGAUAUCUUGCUCUCCAUAUUGCCCUCUUGGCAGGAGCGGUUAUAGUUGAGUCUUUUGCCGAGGGACGAGGUCAAGGCGGAGACGAUCCGAUAGGAAGUAGCCAGCCUUCUGGAGAAAACGCAACAGCGCUGCAGACGCCCUCUCAAGAGGUAUUUGACUUAACUACGUCAACCCCAACAAGAGCACCAUGUGAUAUUGGAGAGUGGAGGUGUCUGGAUGGAGAUAGAUGCAUUGAUAUCAACCAUAGAUGUGACAUUAUUGUAGAUUGUCUUGACCUCUCUGACGAGACUGGGUGUCCCUCAAGGAACUUUACAAUUGAGUAUGUAGAUGCCUAUGCCUUGUCCUACGACACAGUACUGGUAUCAUGGGGAGCACCAAGGACCACUCCCACUUUUGAUUUCCAGUACAUUGUUUAUUGGAGGGAGGCUGGUGUUGCAACUGACGAUAGCUUCAUGAAUGUAUCCAGUACGCGAACUUCACAACGUGUAACCCACUUGAAAGCCGGACUGAUCUAUGAAUUCACUGUAGCCAUUAAACCAGUCGGCAAAGCCCCGUUCCCAAAAGUGAGAGUAAUACGUGUUCAAACGCCUGAUGGAUUGCCAAGUGUUCCAGAAGACUUCAGUGUACAUAGUGGACUUGAUGAAGUGUCAAUGCAGGUGAAUUGGGGUCCACCGUUAGUAUCCAAUGGCACUCUGAUUGGAUAUGAGAUUCGUUACCAGAGAACAGAUGUAAAAAAGCCUCCUGAGUCACCAUUGACUAUUUAUGAUGCAAAUAAAACAGAGACUUAUAUCUAUCAACUGGUUGAACGUGCUUCGUACUCUGUAUGGGAUGUCAUUGUUGAUAACCAGAACGCAGUUUUGGAACAAGCUAGUAUCACCAUGGAUAUAGAUGAAGAAAGAUCCUUGACAGAUGAUGAGAUAACAGUGGGAGAAGACUUUUUGCAUAAAGUGGAAUCAUUUCCUGCAGUGACUGGAAGUGACAGUGAGGUUUUACAUUUGAACCUAAGAAUGCUAAGAUCAUAUCAACCGUUGUGA